AUGAUAAACCCUAGUCGAUAUCUCACCGCGCUCACCAUCUCUACAACUUAUGAUUCUACCUUCAGUAGCCGGUACCUGGAGGCUGCCGAGAAAAAACUUUUAUGGAACGACAAACCUUUUGAAACGUACCUACGCGCAAUCAAAGAACGAAAACGUUACAAAAGCGCACGGGCUUCCUUCCGGACCACUCUCGAUAUGCAAAUAGAAGGCUCGAUUGCCGACGUUGACAAAUACUUUAUAAGAAUUCUUUUGUGGUCAAGUCAUACUUACCACAUACUUUCUGAAUUGUUCCAGUCUACCCGUGAUACCUCUUUCGUUCGCGUUCUGAAAAUCCUUCUUACCUUUUGCUACGAGAAUGAUUUAUUGCCGAGUACAUGUGAGUUAUUGGCGGUGGAGUUUCGCUUGGAAUUUGAACCCAGCAAACAGUUGUUAAUAGUGUCGCCGGAACUUGCUUGGUCCAAGAGAAUAUAUACGCUUUUCGUGCAUCAGAGAAUACUUGAACUUCAAAGUACCUUUUUCUCAGUGCUGGGUGGAGCAUACUCUGGUCUUGGAAGAUAUAGCAAACAACAUGCUGACAAAGCCCGUAGAUUGGCACUCAGACAAAUACGAACGGCUCAACGUCUCAAAGAUCCUAUUUUAGAGACCAAGUGUUGGAUAUACUAUGCAGAAGGUUUAAUUCAGUUAGGAAAGCUGAAUAAAGCGCAAAAAAUUAUCGCUUUGCAGAAAGAAAUUUGUUCAAGGAAUCUGAUGCUGUUACAAGAGGAUACUGUGUUGAAAAUGUGUGAGAACGCACAGAUGAAACUGAACGCGGCUAUUGAGGCGGCAGCGAGCCGUUUGGACGUUAGCGAAACUUGA